GCCAAAAACGUCCUUUCUCUUCAGUGUAAACGGAAGUUAGCAAUGACCAAAAAAACAUUUCUACGUUAGCUUUUUCUAUUGCUGUUAUUUAUACGUUUAUUAACACGAUGUAACUCUAAAUAUGACUUAUUAACUUAACAGCAUCACAUACGAAUUGGAGACGGGACUUGGUUGAUAGACGUUAUCUAGGUAUAGUUAGCUAACAAUGGCUAACUGUAUGGUUUUUCACAAUCAAAUAGCCUCCAUUAUGGAGGUGCUAGCGAAUUCAGCCGUGGCAGAGAUCUGUAAACUCGUAGACGACGACUAUGCAGUGUUUCGUUUGGAAAUGACUCAAAGCCAGAAAGACAACAGGGGAUUGCGGAGGAAACUACAACUACUGGAAUUGAAGGUGGCACGGGAGCGCGCAGAGAGAACUUUGCGACAGCACGUCGUCGCCAGUCGUCCCAGUAGUGUCAAGAUCCUCGACCGAUACAGAGGAAUGGCAAGAGGUGAAGGACAUCUCACUGGAGGCCACAGGAGCUUUGUGAAGCCAGCGGGACACAACGUGUGGAGAGAUGACCAACCCAUAGCUAUAGAUGAGAGGAGUGGAACCUCAACCCAGCAUGUUAUCGUGAUAGAGUCUGCAAAUGCAGAAGCUGCAGGUCCUGGGGUCAAGCAGGAGAGGAAUGAAGGAGAGGUGGACCCACAGCACAGCAGAGACAUCCAGUCUGGACCAGCGGCUGGAGUGGUGCACCCUGUAGUCACGGAGGACCUUGCCGCUUACGCUGCGCCCCAGGCCAGGACCGGACGCAGCAUCACGGAGGUCAGUGGAACGCUGAACGACGUCCUCAAGUCAGAGACGUUAACUGUAACACAGAGGCUCUUACACACAGGAUCUGACCACAGAUCAGACCCAGAGAGACUGGGGUUGGGGCCACUGGCUGCUCCUGGCACAGAGUACUUACCAGUAUUUCACCAGAGCCAGAGGACGGUUAAUUCCCAUGGAGAUGGUGAUGCGUUCUACACUGGCAUUGAUGAUCUGUCUUGUUCUUACGCCACAGAGAUGGACCCUGACCACAUAUCCUUGGGUUUAGAGACACAGUCUGAUCUGUUUAGAGGGGACUGGAACCGGUACAGUAGUAGUGUAUACUCUGAAGGGUGCCUAGAUAAGAAAGGGGAGGUUAUAGUGGUAGAUGAGGUGACUGUGAAAGUGGAGGGCGAUACUCCUCCUACAUGGAAUGCAGAUAGUCACCUAGGAGAUGGACAGUCACAUGGCAGAGAUUUCUUAGAUUGCAGGGAAAGCUUAGAGACAAAUCUAAAUGUCGACACUCACUCCCCUUUACACGUGUUCAGGGAUCGUGACCCAGUGUCCACGUCAUUGGGACCUUUCGAUUCACAUGGCUCCGUCCUUUUCGAUCAGGUAUUGAACUCAAAAGACCAAAGUGCCAAGACGCAGGGAGGGGCAGCCACAUCGGGCAAAAAUAAAGACAAACCGUUCCUCUGCAUGUUCUGUAACAAAGGCUUCAGCUGCUCCCAGAAGGUGGAGAUCCAUCAGAGGAUCCACACAGGGGUGAAACCCUUCAGCUGUACCCAGUGUCACAUGCGCUUCGCUCAGGCUUGCAACCUGAAGAGGCAUCAGAGGGUCCACACAGGGGAGAAACCCUACAGCUGCCCCCAGUGUGAGAAGAGGUUUUCCCGGCAGCACCAGCUGAAGAUGCACCUGAAGGCCCACACGGAAGAAAGGUCAUUCACCUGUACGCACUGCGGAAAAAGGUUCUCGGAGAGCUGCUACCUCAGGAUACACCAGCAGAAAAACCAUUCCACUCUGUAACGUAGAAAGUAACCAUUCCACUUGAUAGUUUCUGACAUUUUAGAUCAAACCCUGCAUCAAAGACAAAUAGGAAUUGUUUUCAACAUAAAAUACCCAUAGAUUAAUGAAACCCAUUAGGCUACAAUGCCUCUUAUUCUCUGGCUCUAUGCAAAAAUCUAUACGUCUCCGAAUGGGUCCAAUAAUUGAUAAUGCAGUUAAAGUGUGGGGACAGGCCAACAGACAUCUCAUGACCUCAUUCCCUUUUCAGAGCCAUUCUCCAUUAUGGACAAUAACCUAAACUUAUCGGGCUCAAAACCCUUUGUUUUUCAUCAAUUGUCUAGUAGAAAUAUUUUCAUCCUCAGUGACAUCUUUGACAAUUCAGGUCUUCAUACUUUUCAAGACUUCAAAGAAUCAUAUAAUCUCCCAGGGACUC